AUGUACCAACUCGACGUAUCAAACGCAUUUCUGCACGGUGAUCUGGAUGCCGACAUUUAUAUGAAGCAACCGCCGGGUUUCGUCAACUCCGCUACUUCCAAUCUGGUGUGUAAACUUCGAAAGUCCCUAUAUGGACUCAAACAGGCUCUUAGGCAAUGGUUCAACAAAUUAACAGGAUUUCUGCAAUCUCAAGGAUUUGGAUUCAUCAUAGGAAACAAUGAUUCCGCCAUUCAGUCUCUACUCCGACAAUUACAAUCCCAUUUCGACCUCAAGCAGCUUGGACAAAUCUCGUUGUUUCUCGGCAUCCAGGUAACUCAAUCCAAUUCAGGCUACUUUCUCUCGCAACAUCACUACGCCAGUAAACUUCUUCGUGACGCAGGUUACGCGGACUGCAAAUCCGCGCCUACGCCCGCUGUUCCUAACAGGAAGAACAUCACCUCCUCAAGUCAGCCGUUCGCGGAUCCUACUCUUUACCGCAAACUGGCCGGAUCUCUCCAAUAUCUAUCGAUCACAAGGCCCGACAUUGCUUUUGCUACCAAUCAAGUCUGCCAGCAUAUGCAAAAUCCCUCAGAUCUUGACUUCAAAGCUCUCAAACGGAUUCUUCGAUACAUCAAAGGCACGAUAGAUCAUGGCCUUCCAAUUACAAAGGGACCUCUCGAACUACUCACAUACACCGAUGCUGAUUGGGCGGCCGAUACAUCUGAUCGUAAAUCCAUCUCCGGCUACUGCACGUUCCUUGGUUGGACACUACUCACCUGGACGGUCAAAAAACAUGUUACCGUAGCCAAAUCCUCAACAGAGGCGGAAUACCGAUCCCUUUCAGCUGCCACGUCGGAGGUCAUCUGGCUGCGUCGUCUUGCCGAAGAGCUUGGCAUCCCUCAGCCAUCCCCAACCACAAUCUACUGCGACAACACCUCAGCCAUCGCCAUCGCAAAGAAUCCGGUCUUUCACAAUCGAACGAAACACAUCGAAAUCGAUUAUCAUUUCAUUCGUCAACACAUUAAUACCAAAGCCAUUCAACUCCAGCACAUAGCCUCCAAAGAUCAGCUUGCCGACAUUUUGACUAAAGCCUUCACAGUCUCUCGGUUUACCGAACUUCACAGCAAGCUCACCAUUCGUUCAGCGAAUGAUUAG